CUACCUGCUCGUGCUAAAAUAAAAAAAAACAUUUGUCAAAAGGGCUUUUUAUACAAAUGUGAUCUCCUCGAACUGCAACCACCUUUUUCCAAUUUCCCUUCAAAGGAACGAAAAGCGCAGGCAUGUUAAAAAAAAGUGGAGAAAAAAAUUGAAAUCCAAGCGCACGAGCAAAGAGGGACGGGGGGAGAGGACAGACAGGAGGAGCGCGACGGGGAGGGCAUGGUCUCUUCCUCUCUCGUCUCGGCCCUCCCGUCUCACGGUCCCAGGCGAAUUUAUCCUCUUCGACGCUCAGGUCUACCGGAAAGAGUUCGGUUGUCGGGGCGAUCAUUCUAUCUCACAUUUUGCGUCCUUUACAAUUUCUGAAAAGUUGGCUGCCCGUUCCUUUUGGGACUUGUUUCUUUUUUUGAAUCAAUUCAUGGUUCCGAUCAUCUAAGGUCAUUGAGUUAGCAAAAGGGAAGGAGGAGUUAUCAUGGGUAUCUCAUCCAAGUGGAUUAAAUCGUUGGUCGGCAUAAGGAAGCAAGAAAAAGGGCAGAAUACAAGAAAGCAAGAAAAGGAACAAAAUGCUGAGAGCACUGAAACUAGGAGCUUUACUGAUCAAUCGCUGCACAAACGGAAACAUUCUUUGGAACCUGAAGGUGCACUUGCAGUGGGCGAAAUUGCAGUACAAAGUGGACUACUGAAUGAUGACAACAACAUACAAGCGUUUUCAAAUCCGAUUUGUUCAGACAGUACAUUACGUGAAGUACGUGUUUCUCAGACAGAACAUUAUAGUAAAGAGGAUUUGGCAGCGACAGUUAUCCAGUCUGCGUUUCGAGCGUUCUUGGCUAGGCGUGCUUUACGAGCUUUGAAAGGAAUAGUUCUACUUCAAGCCCUUAUCAGGGGUCAUACAGUAAGAAAGCAGACAGCAGAAACACUUCAGUGUAUGCAAGCACUGAUAAAAGCCCAAGCUCGUGUUCGAGCAAGACAAGUUCGUGUUGCUUUAGAAAAUCAAGUGGCACAAAAAAGGGUUCCUGAACAAGAUGAUCAUGAGAACCAUGUCCGAGAAGUUGAGGGAGGCUGGUGUGGUAGUAUUGGUUCCAUGGAGGAAAUGCAAGCUAAAGUAUUGAAAAGGCAAGAAGCUGCUGCCAAACGUGAGAGGGCAAUGGCGUAUGCUUUGACUCAUCAGCGGCAAGCUAGUUCCAAGCAACAUAAAUCUACGAGUCUACAAGGUCUCGAACUUGAUGACAACCACUGGGGGUCAAACUGGUUGGACAGGUGGAUGGCUGUACGUCCAUGGGAGAACAGGUUACUUGACAAUAAUGCGAAAGAGAGUAUGCCAACACAUGACGAUAAACAGGAUGAGGAAACAAAGUCUCAGAUCACACCAAAGGGCAAGAUGCCAAUUUCAAGUACUGGUCCGAGCAAGAAGAAAGGCGUAAACCACAAAAAGUCAUAUUCCGAUGUUAGUUGUACUUCGUUUGCACGACCGACAAGUGCACUACCAUCCACCUCUUUGGGGUCAUCCAAACAAAAGGCAAAGAUUUCGGAUGAAGUUUUUGAGGAAGUCAGCUCCCAAACGACAGAUCUAGCUUCUAAGGCUGUGAGCAAUACAAAAGAUAAGCUUGUGCAAGCGAAUACACCAGCCAAGAAGCGGCUAUCCCUGCCAAAUAAUGUUGGUGGGGAAGCAGGAAAGGUAUCGACACGCAAAAAUUCGAUGAACAAAUCUGCCAGCGCUAGGUCUGAUCCGAAAGCACGAGCAAACACUCCUAACCAAGGUGGGAAGCAAGUUGAGUUACAGGCCUGAUAACAGUCUUGUUCCAAUCGGACGUGUGUAAGCCGUUCUUGGUGUGUUUCCCCAGCUGCACAUUCUACAUCUGUGUACAUAACAUUUAACAACAUCCUGCAUUUAGAUUGGUGCUGUGUUUCAUAUUCCUUGUUGUGCAAUGUUGCUGGUGUGUUGUGCCAUCUUUUAUCCUGCAUCGCAUUUUUUCUUGUUUUACCUUCUCUGAAAGUUGUUCUAACUGCUGAAAGAGGGCCUGUGUUGUGUUGUGCCUGAAAACUAUAAUCCUGUGCAGUGUGCACCCUUCUUUUC